AUGAUUGGAGUUUAUACUGUGGCUCUAUUCUCGGUCAUCCUCUUUGGCCUUCUUGAAAGCAUAAGUUGUCUUGGUCUUACGCUUGAUCAAUGUGAUUGUGGAUUCAAAGACGAAAACGACCGUAUCUGGACAAACAUGUGGUUUGAGGACUAUACCAAGGACAUUGCAAGCCCUCAUGAAGAUCAUGACUACCUUGUCAUGAAUUACACUGUAAAGUCGAUACGACCCACUACUCUUGACCGCCUAUUCGAUCCUAACAACGUUCAAUUGACCGAUGGAGGGAUUGAUAUGACUGUAAAAUCAGAUGACAGUGGGACAUUUACAUCGGCUUCAUUUGGUUCAAGAAGAACCGAUAUUUUGUAUGGAACUUACCGAAUUAAUGUCAAGACUUCUGAUGUACCGGGAACAAUCGCAGCAAUGUUUAUUCGCAACGACAAUACCGAAAUUGAUAUUGAGCUGUUGAGUCAGUACAAGGACCCAGCCAAAGUACACUAUGCCGUUCAUCCUCAGAUCUAUGAGUCAAAUGGAUCGCCGUCUCCACUCACAUUUGGGCUCAAAGAUCUUUCAUUUGAUCCUACAGAGGAAUUUCAUGAGUAUCGACUUGAUUGGCUACCAGAAAUAGUAGAAUAUUUUACGGAUGGCGUACCAACCCACCAGCUUUCCAAAAACAUACCCGAGAAACCUGGAAGGGUUGUGAUUAACCACUGGACAGAUGGAAACCCAAACUUUGGUGGAGCACUUCCAACAGAACCUGCCGUCCUCUCGGUAUCAAAGUUUGUUAUGAUGUUUAAUGUAACCGGCAAUACCGAGCCUCUUGCUUGUCAGAAAUCGGCCAAUGCUUGUUCAAUUCAUGAUGUAACAGAAGAACAAAUUUUGCCUGAGAAUAUCGCAAUGCCAUCAUCGAGUAUGCCUUCAAAACGUUCCCCAACAAACUCAACCUCACUACCUUUAUCUACUUCUCUUGGCAGAAAACCUUUAGAUAAUCAAGAUCUACUUGUCAAAAAGGUAAUUGGGCGUUGUCUUUCUAUUCUUCUUUUUACUGGUAUUAUUAUCGCUAUCGCUAUCGCUAUCUUUUAA